AAAAAGAAAGAAGGAGAAUGUUGGGUUGGGGGUUUCAGUCGCAUUCGCGAAAGCGCUCUCUCUCUCUCUCUCUCUCUACGUGAAUCUUUUGGAGCAAUUCAGCCGGAAAAAAUGGCGUUGGAAGCGAACGUUUGUUGCGGCAGCGGCGGCGCUAUGUCCUUGUCAUUCCGUGGCGCUCUGAAACCGUUCCCGAGCCGCGUCUCGUUGCUGCAGAGCAUCGAACCUCGACGAGUCCCAUUCUUAGCGUUGGCUAUUGUUAAGAGAAGCCCUAAGCGUCUCAAAUACUCUGCUCCUCGCUUUUCCAAGGAGGACGGGUUGCUUUAUGUUGAAGUUGAUCCAUCUGGAGCAGAUGGUUGGAAAUUGGAUCCAGUUGUCAAACUUCUCAAAGAGGGAGCUGUUGGGGUCAUCCCUACUGAUACCGUGUACGCAAUAGUUUGUGAUCUGAAAAGUCAGUCAGCUAUUGAACGUCUACGAAGAAUUAAAAAUAUAGCAACUUCGAAGCCCCUAAGUAUAUUGUGUCAUUCCUUCCGGGACAUUGACACAUAUACAACGGGAUUCCCUCGUGGUAAUGGUCAAGGUACUACAAACAUAUUUCGAGCUGUGAAGCAUUGUUUACCUGGGCCUUACACUUUCAUCUUAACUGCAAGUAAAGAACUGCCAAAACAGUGCACGAGAUAUGGCACUACAACUUCCAAAUAUGCAUACCGGAAAAAUGUAGGUGUACGCAUUCCUGAUGAUAGUGUAUGUCAAGCAAUUCUAGAGAAGAUGGAUGCACCCUUGAUAUCAACAAGUGCCAAGUCUCCAAAGGAAAAUGGGUGGAUAAUUGAUCCAGUUGUAAUAGCUGAUGUAUAUGGACCAGAGGGUCUUGAUUUUGUCAUUGAUGCGGGUGUUAGAGUGGCUGAUCCGUCCACUGUAGUUGAUAUGACUGGGAGUUUCCCAAGAAUCAUUCGUCAAGGAAAGGGGCCUAAACAACCCUGGAUGGUGGCAGAAGAUGAUAAAGAUUCUGCUGUAGAAGAAGAAGAGCCCACCCCUUAUGCUGCUUAAAAUCCAAUAAUUCAUCUUUGCUUACCUUGUACAGAGCUUAAGAUUCGUUGAUAGUAAUCAAUGGUGGAUUAGUUGUUUUGUUUGAUGUAUAUGUAUCAUAUUUGAUUUUGAGAAGAAAAUAAGAGUUGUAUGAUUUGUGAAUGCUCAGUUCUAAAUGGAAGGAUGUAGAUUACUUUAAUGGUUUUUCA